AUGGGAUGUGGUGGCGCGAAAUUCGUCUCAAAAAGACUCGGUGAUAAGAAGCCCAGCAUGCAUCUGUUGACGAGUGUCUCAGGCCGCUCAUCUUCUUUUGCAUCGCUGCUGACAGAGCCCGUCGAAGCUGUGCUCGAUUACAUGUGGGCGUCAGAUCACGAUGACCUAAUCGCAGUAAUGCAGCAGACAGGCUUACUGCUUUUCUACACAAGAUGUCAUGACGGGAGUCCCUCUUCCUUUGGGUGUGUUGAGGCAUCUAAGAAUCAUCCCGUUGGACCCCUGUACCUGGUUGAGUUCUGUAACCUGUGUGCAAGGGCUCUCUGCUUCUCCUUACUGUUCCACCAAAAGCCAGCUCUACCGCAGCAGGAAUGUUUGAGAACUUUUGAUGCAGAACCACUCCUGCAGAUGCGGCAUUUGCUUGGAACAUGCCAAAGAAAAACUGGUGAUUCAGGAGGGCUUCCGGGCCUGAAGCGGGCUGCCGCGUUCGCCGCCAGAUUUAAUCACCCCAUUCUUUGGCGGUUACUUGCGGAGGCUGCAUUAUCAUCCGAGGAGCUGGGGAUCACAGAGGAGGCCCUCGUGAGGUGUGAGGACUACUGCAGUUUGCAGGUGCUCAAGCAAGCUCGCCUUCUGAACCCGAGGGGUGAAGGCAGACCCUUUAUAGCUGCAUUGUCUGGAGACAUCCUUGGGGCAGGCGCCUUUUAUGAGGCGCAGCAGAAACUAGAGCACGCUGCCCACUUAUUUACUUCAUUCGGCAUGUGGGAUGCAGCCUCAGAAACCUUAAAAUUAGCUGCCUCUUCACAGAGCUGGGGAGAAAGAAGCUCUUUACGAAAGGUCAAAGUGGCAUUGGCAGAUGCCUGGAAAGAGCAAGGGAAUUGGAAACAGGCAAUAGACAUUUACAGUUCGUUGAAACAUCAGAUGGGACUUCUUGAGGCAUAUUUCCAUUCUGGGAGGUACGAAGAACUAGAAGGCCUCGCCAGGGAACUGCCGGAAGUAGACACAGAGUUACUGUUACGAGCAGCGCAGUUACUUGCGGCUGCGGGGAGAGGAGCAGCAAGCGCGGAUGCCUUCCUCAGAGCACGGAAGCCGGAGUUUGCAGUUGAUGCUGCCAUGUUCGGUGGCGAAUGGGCACAGGCUAUCUCCAUAGCUCGACAGCACUGUAACAGCACCAAAUUGCAGGCGGUAACCUCCGGUUACAAGAAUGCGAUGCAGCAUCACCACAGAAAAUGCAGUAACGCAGAUAUCGUGGAAGCAUUCCUUACUUUAGGCGCAUUUGAAGCUGCCGCUCAAGAGCUUGGCGCGCCUCCAGUGAGAAAUAUGACUUCUCAAGAAAGGCUAGAAGCAUUUCGGCCUACUCGCUCAGUGCCGAAGAAGAGUACCAUUGGCAGAGCGCAACGGCAUACCACCUGUACCUUCUCUGCUGUUUCCAUUUAUCUGAACAGCGAGUCCGUGCCGCUCUUUGCACAGCAAUGGAUGCCAAAGUAUCACCAGGCGGCAAACAGAGCCUGGAAGCAACAAAACGUCUGGUAUUUUCAAGUAGAGAAAUGCAAGAGGCUCCAUGGACGCCUCAGCUCCCUUGUCCCAACUGCAAUGCACUCAGCUCCUACUGGGAAUGCUUCUGUCCAUCCUGUGAUUUUUCGUUCCCCUGGUGUGCAGCGACUGGCCUUCCCAUUCGGUAUGUCAGGUGCAUUAUGGAGCACAAUUCAGCGAAGGAGGCUGGCGAUAAUCGUUACUCACCAUCGCCAGUGCCAGCUGCUGGCGCUUCUAGUUCGCCUGGUGACCCAGACAGUUUUUGGCCCUAUGGUGGCCCAGGAGACCCGGAGGCUUGUGGCUUGUGUGGCCUUCUUACUGCAGCAUGGGGGCCUGAGGGUCCUCAAAGUUCCUGUCCACUUUGCAGUCAACCGUUUUCUUGUCAACCAGAAGAUGGCAAGCAGCUUCAGGUGCCGCCACAGUCGCUUACCUCAGAAGACAGAGGGUGGAGCGGUAUCCUCAAAGUCAGUCCUGAAGACAUUUUUCUCCAAGCAGGUCGUCUCAUAUAAGCCCACCGUCUCAUGA